GUUUAUUAUAUUAAUUUCAGUAUGACAUAAAUUCACUGGAAUCAAUGAAAUACAUUACAAGUUAUUGUUAAUUUAUGGAAAUGAAAAAAUGCAGGAAGAAAUCGAAACGUAAACGGUCUAAAUUAAACUUAACAACUCAGAAAAUUUCUAAUGACAUAAAUAAAAUAUUUAAAUCAACAUUCAACUACAAAUCGGAUAAUAUUUUUUAUUCUAACUGCGAUUGUGGAUGCUCUCGGUCUCUUAAAUCAAUUCAAUCUAUUCUUAUUAAAAAUUACUUUACAAAUAAGUAUCUAUGGAUUCGGUAUUCUGGAGUUUCCUUAAAAAGUAUCUCAGAACUUACAGAUUUUUCAUGUAUUAUAUCAAGUAAUGGAUUUAAUGAGCUUAAGUUUGACUCACUCGACCUCAACUUUGUUAAAUCAGAUAUUUCAAGACAACCUUGGGUUGUAAAUAAAAAAUUACGAGAUUUGGCAGUGAAUUCAAUUUACACAUUUUGUAUAUAUAAUAAUGUUCCAUAUUGGCAGGGCCUACAUGACAUCGCUUCGGCAUUGGUCCACCUCGAUCCAACCCCUACUGUUGGUGAGCUUUCAGCUAUUCUUGAGCACUUGAUUAAGACAUACGCUCCUCUUCUGUUUUUACCUACUACUGAUGAUAUUAACAAAAGGGCUAAUGAGCUUUGUCAAAUUUGGAUGCUUUUGUUUAAGUACUUCUUUCCGAAGUUUGUCGAUAGUUUUGAACGAGUAUGUGAUAGCCCAUUUUGUGUUGGAUGGUUUAUUACACUUGGUUUUUACAGGUUUGGGUGUGCAUAUAUUUCAUUAGCCUACACAUUUCUGCUCUUUAUAUCAAAUUCUGAACCACUUUCAGCGUUUAUUUUUCGAGAGCUAGGCUAUGUUGCAACCAGAGGUUACAUUAACUUCCUUCUAAAAAAUGCAGUUUCUGUCGACUUUUCUAACUCUGUAAUUUUCAAUAACUACUCCACCUCUAACCUUAUUAUUAGUACUGUUUUAAACUCUAAUAAGAUCCAUUUGGAGCCCGAAGAGUUCAUUAAUGUUUCAAGGAAUCUUUACGACUCAAUAGGAGAACGAGAAAUUGAAUUGUCAGAAUUCCCACUCUUAUACAUUUUUAACGCAGCGAAUAUAUUAUCAUCUUCAUCACCUAAUCCAAUUACAAUUGACCCGUCACGCCCAUUUGUUGAAGUUGUGCACUCUGAUGUGUUUGGAUUAUCAAACCAGAACUAUUACAUGUUUGACGCGCAAGUUAAUCCGACGCAAUACUACUAUGAUUACUCUUCAACUAGGAAGGAUUCUAUUGAUAAUAAAUAUGUUCCUAUAAAAAAUAAGAUUAGACAUACAAGAACUACAAGGCUACAUCGGAGGAUUAGUUUUAUCUUAUUCACGAAAAUUAGUGAGGUUGUAAAUUAUGAGCUUUUGUAUUGUUAUCUUGAAUCACUUUCAAGGAUGUCAAACCUUUACCACCAUAAUUCUGUUUCCAAAAUUACCCAAAAUCAGAAGAUAAAGCGUAACGAGUUUGAAAUCGGUUCAAUCCUAAACCCAAGCCUAGUUUAUAACAUAAUUGAUUCUAGAAGCCAUUACCUGACUACAGGAAUCCCGUUAUCAAAAAUAUUUGGUGAAUAUAGAACUAAUUUCAUGACUAAAGUUAGUGUUGAUGAUGAGGCUGAGAGUUCAUUUUUGGACACCAACUUUACAGUUUGGAUAGUUUUGACAGAUGAAGGCUACGAAGCAACUGAGGAUCAAUAUUCUUUGCAGUCUCUAAGGAAUGGUGUUGAAAUUAUGGAUAAUCUGGUUAGAAACUCAAUCACGUGCGUAAGUAUUCUGAGUGGUGGGUAUAAAGGACUACUCAAGGCUCUUAAUUCUCCGAUACCUCCGAUUCCAUCAUUACUUUCGAGAUUAAGCGUUAGGAUGUUAUUACCAUGGGAUACUCAGAGUGGUCCAAUGCUUGGUCCAUCUAAAACUGGUGGCUUAAAACCAACAUCCCCAUCUAUGUCAGCAGCUAAAAAUCUCUAUAAUCUCGCAAGUUCUGUUGUUAGUUCAGCUAUUGACAUAGAAAACAGGAUAGUUCAGGGCAUUUCGGAAGUCAAGUUAUUCAAUAGGUUUAAGCAUUCAAGACCAAGUUUUCCAGAAUAUGAAUCUCACACUAUUACCAAGCAGUUCCAAGACAUACAAAUAUCUAAAUCGCCUUCAAACACACAUUAUGGAGAUAUUCUAAGUAUUUAUAAUCGCACAAGCAUUGUUAACCAGUUGAUUUCAUGUUGUUUAUAUUCCAUAAAGUUGAUUACACCUAAUGGAUUAUCUGUAACAAUAAGGUCAAAUGGCACACUAAAGCUAAAUGGAACUAUCAUUCACCCAUUAAGGUAUUCAAAUGCAGUAUUUGAUAAAAACAUAAACACAUUGAUUUCAAUCUCUACCUUUCUAACUGUAAACUGCGUAGAUAAGUUUAUGGACACUGAAUCACUUUCCUAUGAUUCAUACAAGUCUAACAGUAGUCUUUCCCCAUUAUUGAAGACUACAAGAGAGAAGUUUCUGAGUAAAUUCAUGGUUUUAUUCACACAAUCUACUGGAUUUAAUAGCUCUAGAAGACUAUUUCACGUGAAUUUAUCACCUAGAUAUUUUAAUAAGUUAGAGUUUACUACCAAUGUGGGUGGGUUGAUUUCAAACGUCAGGGUUCCAGGCAUUAAGAGGUUGUGGAGAAUUUACCUAGUUGACAGGCAGACAUUUUUAAGUCAUUUGUUGGUUCCGUCGCUUACAUUUGAUCUUGGAAUUUUGGAGGAAGAGAAUGUUGGAUCUGAUUCAUCAAUUACAGAAUGUGAACGUAACAACACAUUCCCCCAACAUGAUACUGAUCUGUCUAAAUCAUCACCCACUCAUGAUUCAAAUUUUCAUAGGUUUCAAGAUGUUAGAAACAUUAAGGUGUUUUCUAGAACUAACCAGUACAAAUCAGCUUCAUCAAUUGGCUCAAACCAGUCUUUUAAUUCAUCUAGGAUUGAGACCCGAGUGUACGUUUCAAACAGUAUCCAAAUGCCCUUUAAACCUAAUGCAAACGUUUUUGUAUCUAGAAGCUCACUAAAUCGUCGUAAUAGUUCAAGGCAGAACUAAUUGUAACAUAUUUUGUGUGUAUUUUUAACUAAUUUUAAUUUUGUAAUAUAAUGUAUAUGCUAUAGUG